AUGUCGCCAGGCGGGUUGAAGAAGCCAAUUUUGGCUCUAAACCGGAUCAUCGGACACACCACGGCUAAGAACCACAUGACCAAGCCACACAUUGGCAACGUUUCCGCUCUCGACAACGAUACUCGACAUGAAAGACAGCUCAAGAAGGCGCAGGAUCGGCUCGUGAAGGAGGACGAGCGCGAGAACGAGAGGCGGUCAUUUCAACAGCGGCGGAAAGAGGAGGAGGAAAGAGCACACCAAGAUGACCCGCCCGAGAUCGCUGCCCGCUACGGCACCAGGACGGACGAUGUGCUUGCCAAGACGGAGUCCAUCCAAACCCUCGCGGCCGACCCUUCUAAUGCCGGCAAGGCAGUCAGUUUCAUUGCCCGUAUCCAUCACGUCCGGUGCAUGAGUUCCAAACUGGCCUUCGUCAUCUUUCGCGACCAGAUCGAACUCAUCCAGGGCGUACUAGCUUACCGCGAGGGAGAGAUUUCGGAGAACUUUGUGCGCUGGGCUGAACAUCUCGUUAGCGAAGGGUUUGUCCACGUCCAAGGGAUACUUCAGAGACCCCCCGAGGAGAUCAAAGGUUGCUCGAUACGCGAGCUCGAAGUCAGGAUUGAUACGAUGCACUCGGUGGUGCCGGUACAGGAACACCUCCCGAUGGACGUCUUCAGCAUGGACCGAGUCGAGGAAGAUGAGGAGACGGGUCAGUUGGAAGGUAUGGCGUCAACCAGGGUCCGGGUUUCCAACCGCAUCGCCUACCUGCGCACACCAACUGCCCAGUCCAUAUUCCGUGUCAACGCAGUUGUCUGCAGCACCUUCCGCUCCAUUCUCGAGGCCGACAAUUUCAUCGAGAUACACACCCCCAAACUCAUGCCUGGGGCAACCGAGUCAGGGGCUGAGGUGUUCCGAGUCGGCUACUUUGGGCGCACCGCAUUCCUCGCGCAGAGCCCCCAGCUGUGCAAGCAGAUGAGCAUCUCGGCCGAUUUUGGCCGUGUCUUCGAGAUUGGCCCCGUCUUCCGCGCCGAAGACAGCAACACACACCGUCAUUUGACCGAAUACACGGGUAUGGACUUGGAGAUGGCCAUCAACAGCGAUUACCGCGAAGCAAUGCGCGUGAUUGACAAGCUGAUGAAGAGCAUUUUCGAGGCUGUUUACCGCCGAUGCAGGAAAGAGAUUGACGUCGUCAAGACACGCUUUCCUCAUGACGAUCUUGUCUGGUUGGAAGAAACACCCAUCCUGACCUUCAAAGAGGCUGUGGAUCUUUUAAACUCGUCAGGUUGGACCGACGACCACGGCCGCAAGGCUUCCGAGUUUGAGGACCUCAGCACGCGUGCCGAGAUUCGGAUCGGUGAGCUAGUCAAGGAAAAGUUCAAAACCGACUACUACAUCAUCGACAAGUUCCCGGCGUCCGCAAGACCUUUCUAUACCCACCUCGACCCGCAAGACGAUAGAGUGACAAACUCGUUCGACAUCUUUCUCCGUGGGCAAGAAAUCACAACAGGCGGCCAGCGCAUCCACAAGCCCGACCUGCUUAAAGAGCGGAUGAAGAAAGCGGGCAUUGAACCCAGUGGCGUCGAAGAGUACAUGCAAGGCUUCGAGUUCGGUGUGCUCCCGCACGCCGGCUGCGGAAUCGGCUUGGAGCGACUCUUAUUCUUGUUGUUGAACUUGGGCGACAUUCGUCAUGCGUCACUUUUUCCCCGCGACCCCAAGUCUCUGCAACAAGAAAAGAAAACAGUUAUGCGAUUACCGCACCCCGAAGCCGACACAAUCCGUUAUGCCUAUGACUUUGAGCAUGGCUACCCAGGCCUCGAGCUCCCGCCAGUUGAGAAGCUCAUCGCCAACUACGGUGACGCCACCAACACAUCAUGGCUUGACGAUCGCUACAAGGUGUGGCGACACGAUGCAACAGGCGCCGCGGUCGGCUACGCGGAAGAGAACGGUUACAGCCUCGUCAUGGGCAACCCCCUCUGCGAUCCACAGCAGUAUCAGCCGGUGAUCCGUGCUUUCCUCCGGGAGAUGCGGAAACACCAAGAUCUUCGACCGCUUUGGCUGCUUGUCGGACCCGAAGUCGAAGAGAUUCUUGGCUCGAAGCUCGGUUGGCGGACACUCAGCUGCGUCGCCGAGGAACGGGUGCCGAUCGAGUCCGCGAAAAAAGUCACCAAAAAGGAGCGCCAAGCCGACGACGCCGGCGUCACCAUCCACGAACAGCCCGUCGACGAGCCCGUGUCGCAAGAGCUCCGCGACCGUUGCGACAAGAAGAUCCAGGAGUGGAAGGACAACCGCAAGGGCAGCAAACAAGUGCACAUCACCGAGGUCCGUCCCUGGGUCGACAUGGAACACCGGCGGUACCUCUGGGCCGAGACGAAAGAGGGCGAGAUCGCGGCGCUCUGCGUGCUGCACCGUCUGUCCCCCGCCAACGGCUAUCAGAUCAAGUUCGCCCUCGACUUCCCCGGUUCCCCGAGCGGCACCAUCGAGGCGCUCAUCUCGGCGACGAUCCAGACGCUGGCCAAGGCUGGGGUCCAAAAUGUCACCUUUGGCGCCGGCGCGUUGCCGGAGAUGGUCACCGGCGGGAACCUGAACGGCAUCAGGGCGCGUAUCCUGACAGCGACGUACAAGACGGUUGCCCAGCAGCUGAAGCUGGUGCAGAAGAGCGAGUUUCGCGAGAAGUUUGGGACGCAGAAUGACUUGGUGUAUAUCUGCUACCCUUUCAUGGGUCUUGGUGUUAGUGGUGCCAGGACCCUCAUCAAGUUCUUCGAGGAUGAGAUGUGA